CUUAGACGUGAAAGCUAGGCACAGCUACCGUGCGGGUGGUACGGUAAUGCUGCAGCAGUUGCUGCUUUGCUGAGGGACAGGGACUCCUUAAGCAUGUGGUGGCCUCACCCGAGCUCUGCUGGAGGGCAGUGCAGGGAGGUGGAUUCAGAUGCCUGAGCAGUGAAAGUCCCAGGCUGUGGAGGAGGUGAUGCAGGUGGCAGAGACACCUGGCAGUAGAUGUGAGGUGACCUAGCCUGGCUCCCACUGUAGCCUGGCUCCCUGGCAUCUGAUGAUGAGUUUGACCCCCUCCAGGGGAUGCCUCCUGGACCUGCCCUGGGAAGACAUCUUGGUUCCACAUAUCCUCUGUCAUCUGCCACUGCAGCAGCUCCUGAGCCUGCAGAGGGUCAGCAAGUCGUUCCAGUCUCUCAUCCAGCUGUACCUGGCCAACAUGCGCUGCUUUGACUCAAGCCAGAUCGGACCUGCCAUCCCUCGAGCUGCUUUUGUUAGCCUGCUGAAGGACAACGAAGUGCUGCAGAAGCUGGCGCUCCAGAACUGCUCCGACUGGCUGACAGACAGGGAGCUGCUCCCGGUCAUCGGGCAGAACCACCACCUGCACCAGAUCCAGCUGAAGGGCUGUGCCCAACUCAGCCGCCACGCGCUGGUGGCCAUCUCACUGAGCUGCCCCAACUUGCGCCAGCUCUCCCUGGCUCACUGCGAGUGGGUGGACAGCCUGUCCCUGCGCAGCCUGGCUGACCACUGCAAGGCGCUGGAGGCUGUGGACCUGACGGCUUGUCGCCAGCUGAAGGACGAGGCCAUCUGCUACCUGGUGCAGAAGUGCAGCAGGCUCAAGUCUUUGUCGCUGGCUGUCAAUGCCAAUGUGGGCGAUGUGGCAGUUGAGGAGAUUGCCAAGUGCUGCCCCGAGCUGGAACACCUGGACCUCACAGGGUGUCUGCGAGUCAAGAAUGACUCCAUCAGGGUCCUGGCUGAGUACUGUCCCAAGCUGCGCUCUCUGAAGGUGAAGCAUUGCCAUAACGUGGCUGAGUCCAGCCUGAGCAUCCUUCGAAGCCGUGGGGUGGAAUUGGAUGUGGAACCUCCAUUGCAGAGGGCUCUCGUUCUCCUGCAGGACGUGGUUGGCUUUGCCCCUUUCAUCAACCUCCAGAUCUAGAACUGCUGCUGUUGGGGAGGGGGGGACUGACACAACACUGGGAUCCCGGGAGGAUGCCAGAACUGGCUGCUGUGGAGACGUGCAGAGGGAGAGGUCGGUCUUGUUGGCAAGGCUGGCCUGAGUGGGGCUCACUCUUUCCUCUGGGGCUGUUUAGCAGCCACUGGGUGUUCUUGAGUGGGUUUUGUUGGUGCCUCCGGGGAAAGUAACUCCCUCUGCAGUGGUGUGGAGAGAGCGAGUGACUUGCAGAACACCAUGGUGCUGAACAGGCCUUGGCCAGGCCAGCUAAUAGCUAGGAUUUAUUAUUUGUUGUAUUUUAAAUCUCUAAGCAGCAGCUGUCCAGAGAGCAGGAGAACGUGUGAUGGGGACUAUCCCCUGGGGUGGGUGUGCAGGGCAUGCCAACAGAGCUGUGGAACAAAACAGGCCAGCUAGAGCAGAAAGAAGCAAAGCUGCCAGCCCUCCUCUUGGGAGAGGGCAGGCCCCUCUGGGCUCUGGGAGGAGGGCAGAGUGAGCCUAGCUCCAGCCCACAGCCACUGGCCAGCCUGGCACCAAAGGGCUGGCAUGGCCCUGGCACAGGCAGUCUGUCUGUCCAUGCCCAGGGUGCUGGUGUAGGCUGGUGCAAAAUGGGAGUUAUUUUCAGCAGGAACAUGCUAGAUGAACACCAAACCUAGCUGUGCUGUCACCAAAAGCAGUUGGUCAUUGCCAUUUGUUUCUUCCAGCUUUUGACUUAACAUUUCAGUAGCGCCCAGGUCUGCUACUAUAUCCUACUCUGUGUUGCAUGGCUGGAGCUUUGGCACUCAACAGUGGUAAGAAAUGGGAGGACCCCUGGCCAUGCUGUCGGCUGGCAUUUAUAGAGUGCUGCAGGUUGUGUUGGCAGGGAGAGCCUAGCUCUGGUGAGGAGUUCAGCUUCAGCCCUUGUAUCUGCUAGGUGGUUAACCAGACAG